GGCGCACACAGAGGCAACGCAACGCAGCAAUGUUUUGCCCGGAAGCAGUUAGACAGUGUGGACAGUGAAUGUCUAAUUUGUCGGAUGUGUUCACACGACUAAACAGAAAUAUAAUGGAUUUUAUGCACACAGCCUGUGUACUCUUGUUCGUCAUUCCUGUAUACAGCACUCACGGAAGCAGACGCAUAAGCGAACGAAACGGAUUAACUGUGGUGGAAUGCUUUGUGGAAUUCAGGCUCGAUUUAAGUGAAAAACCUAUACAAUAUCACAAGGCAUCAACCAUGAGUUCACAUCACCCACAGGCUCCAGUGCUCACAAUCGGAAUGCACCAGUGGAUUGAACUGGAGUGCAGUUGCUGUUGCGAACAAGACAAGGUGAAGAGGGCAGCAGCGAGGGCAGCAAGCUUAAUGAGCAUUGUUGGCGCAAAUGAUAGUCCAUACAAAGAACCUGCACAACCGCCAGGACAACUGCAAUUCCAAAUAAUCUCAACCAAUGGUCACGUUGCAUUACUAACCGAAACCAAGAAAACCAGUGUGAAUGCCCGAAGCCAACAUACGAGCGGCGAUGAAGAGGACGCGUCGUACUCGGCCAAGUGCGAGGAGAACAGACCAUGCACAGAAAUGUACAAGCCAGUGGAAUGUACACGAGAAAAUGUGAACAGUUCGGUGAGUAAAUCGACGCAUGGGUUUUACGUGUAUGGAGAUAACUUGGGUUAUAGCGAAAUCAAAGCUGCGCUGCUUUGGGUAGGUAAGCCACAAAAAGACCCAAAAGGAUCAGAAAAUACGGUCGAAAAGGUGGAGGCGAAAAGUAAAAUGCCGUCCAUCCCACUUCAAAUGGAUGACCAUGUGCGAUUGCUUAUCACGGAUGCACACAUAUUUGUUACCAAAAAACAACUCAUAGCCGACGGAAAAUUGCAAACAGGGACAACCACCAAAGACAUGUACAAUGACAGUGUCGAUGGCCAUUGGGAACGAAGCAUUAGAGUAACCAUAAUUCUUCGACCACAGAAAUUCUACAUGGCGUCCGACUGGAGCGCUGCAAUCAUAGCGUUCAUGUUCGCGAUAUCUGUGGGAUGCUGCAACGAUCCCGUGGUGUGUCGCGCACAGCUGAGGCAAUCAAAAGCGAUCUUGGCAGCAGUGGGUUGCCAGCUGAUAAUUGUGCCUAUGUUAACCCUUGGACUGAGCGCUUGCUUCUCUCUGAGCGUGGACCAAGCCUUUGGACUAUUCGUGACUUCCACAGUGCCCGGAGGUGGCGUGGCCUACCUACUGACCUAUUUGGUGAAUGGAAACCGGCAACUAUCAGCUGCACUGUCCCUUGUCAUCGCCUGGGUCGAUAUGAUUACAGCACCGUUGUGGUUGAACACCAUGGGUUUGUAUUGGUUCGACCGUCCGAUUCACGUCUGGAAAGCAACCGGUUGGUUGUCCAUCAUUGCUAUGGCACAAACACUGGGCACAGUAAUCCGUGGAUGUCGUCCAAGUCUUGCCAUCGCCAUCCUCACUUGGAUUACUAAACCGAUAUUGCUGCUUUCCGGUAUUCUCAUGGUCACUCUCGGAGUUUACAUAAACCAUUACGCAUUCACGGAGAUAAACCCAAAUCUGAUUUUGAGCUUACUCUUCGUAAUCACGUUGGGAUUUCUGACAGGAUGGGUUGCGGGGCGAAUGCUGAGAGAAAACCUGCAAGUGACCAAAACGUUGGCCAACGAAGCAGCUGUGUUCAAUGGCUUGUUGUGUAUGCCACUGUUGCGCACCUGUUUGCAUGCACCCGAAGGUGACCUGACCGCAGUGCCACCAUUGUGGAUCACAUUUAUGACUCCCGUCCCACUGGUGUACCAUGCGGUGCUAUCAGUUUUGCAACGUUGGCUGGCAGAAUAUCUGCAACGGCGGAGAAAGAAAGCAGAGAACGCGGCGAGCGCAGAAUUUACCUCUGCACCUGGAACAACAGUAUCCGAAAUUGGAGCAGCGUCCGUGGCUGCUGUGGCAGCAGCAUCAAUCGCAGUGGCUCCUGUUAUCACUGCAGGGGAGAAAACCAAAGUGGAUGACAAGUCAGCGAUGCCACUAUUGGAAGAUGCGAAGGAUGCCGAAACAAACAUGGAUAACCUGUCACCAGUUGCAGAGACCAAGUACUACAUCGCGAAUGGUCGUGGAACGGUAAAUGAAUACAUGGCGAUGGGGGAAUAUAGGGAACGAACUGAGGAAGACGAAGGCACAAAUAGGAUACGCGCGAGUAAUCAAGCUGAAAAGUAUUGUCUCUUGGAGCUAGCGCCUACAAAUGUCUUCAAACGGAGAAAGCCAUUCGAAGAACUAAAUUCGGUAAGCGACCACAAAAGAACUCAAACUGUGGAACGGAAUAAUAUAUGGUUGACCGGAACAAUCGGAGACAUCAAGCAGCUGGAAAGUAAAAACACUACGGAACUACAAUCAACUGAACAUGGAAAAAUGGUGAAGCCUAUGGUUACGGGACAAGCACAGUCGACGAGUAAGCAGCAGCAACCAUCGCCAAAACCAUGCUCAGAGAUACGUAGGCAAACUUAUAUCCCCCAAGAAGAAUUACAUAAACUGAUGCAGUACACGAACUUGUAAGGCCUAUGCUAGCGAGUUAAAAUGCCUUGUACACGAGUAUAUAGAUAUAUAACGCUGUACAACUGAUACAGUAAAAACAACUCUAGUGUAAAGGG